GGGCGAGAUCGUAUCUUUAACAGAACCCCGGGUGAAGUCAUGCUGGCAGUCCAAAGACCAAGCUACCAGUCAAGAGGCCCGCGGUUUGAACAGCGCCUUACAGUGAAGUGCAUCCGGAAACCCACUACAGAUUAGCCUCAUCCGAGGAUUCCGAGACUCAGCCCGGAUCCUUCUCCACCUACAAGCUUGAAAUGAAAAGCGGGAGCCCUGGAGCCUAGACCCAGGGGUGACCUGCCACCCCCGUGCGCACCGAGCCCCGCCCGCCUGCUAGCCCCUCCGCGCGGCGGCCAAACCCCGGCGUGGAUUUGGGAGCGUGCGCGCGGCGCAGUGGGCAUGCGCGAGCGCGCCGGGGCGGGCGCUGUGGGCUCAGUGACCGCAGGAAGGCGCCCGCGACCGCCGCCUCAGGGGCCGCGCCUCCCUCGCCUCUCUCUGGCGGCCUGUCUGCCGCGUCCACACCGACCGCGCCAGGCGCAGGCGCAGGCGCAGCCCCCGGACCCGAAGCUGCUGCUCCCAGGCUGUCGCGGUGACCCCGCCCCCGGGCCCAGGAUGUGAGGCCCGCCCGGCGUCCCCGCGGCGGGCCGGGGUGGUCAGGGGCCCGCGGGCGCCAUGGAGGGCGUGCUGUACAAGUGGACCAACUACCUGAGCGGUUGGCAGCCUCGAUGGUUCCUUCUCUGUGGGGGAAUCCUGUCCUAUUAUGAUUCUCCUGAGGAUGCCUGGAAGGGUUGCAAAGGGAGCAUCCAGAUGGCAGUCUGUGAGAUUCAAGUUCAUUCCGUGGACAACACUCGCAUGGACCUCAUCAUCCCCGGGGAACAGUACUUCUACCUAAAGGCCAGAAGUGUGGCAGAGAGACAGCGGUGGCUGGUGGCUCUGGGAUCUGCCAAGGCCUGCCUGACGGAUAGUAGGACUCAGAAGGAAAAAGAAUUUGCAGAAAACACUGAAAACCUGAAAACCAAAAUGUCGGAGCUAAGGCUGUACUGUGACCUCCUUGUUCAACAAGUAGAUAAAACAAAAGAAGUGGCCACAGCCGGCGUCACUGACUCUGAGGAGGGCAUCGAUGUGGGAACGCUGCUGAAAUCCACCUGCAACACGUUCCUGAAGACCUUGGAAGAAUGCAUGCAGAUUGCAAAUGCAGCCUUCACCUCCGAACUGCUCUACCAUACACCCCCAGGGUCCCCUCAAUUAGCGGUGCUUAAGUCCAGCAAGAUGAAACAUCCUAUCAUACCAAUUCAUAAUUCUUUGGAAAGGCCGACGGAGUUAAAUAGUUGUGAAAAUGGGACGCUAAGUAUUGAAGUAAAUGGUGAUGAAGAAAUCCUAAUGAAAACCAAGAGUUCCUUAUAUUUGAAAUCCACAGAGGUAGAUUGCAGCAUCUCCAGUGAAGAAAACACCGAUGAUAAUGUGACAGCCCAGGGUGAGAUAAUGAAGGACGACGGAGAGGAAAACCUGGAGAGUUGUGGCAAGGAUCAGGCACAGCCCGGAGCAGAAUCAGUUUGCUCGCCAGAACCUCCCUGGGAAGACAAUGAAGAAGUUAUUCCAACUUUCUUCAGCACUAUGAAUACCAGCUUUAGUGACAUUGAACUUCUGGAAGACAGUGGCAUUCCCACAGAAGCAUUCUUGGCAUCUUGUUAUGCGGUGGUUCCAGUACUAGACAAACUUGGUCCCACAGUGUUUGCUCCUGUUAAGAUGGAUCUUGUUGGGAAUAUUAAGAAGGUAAACCAGAAGUACAUAACCAACAAGGAAGAGUUUACUACCCUCCAGAAGAUCGUGCUGCACGAGGUAGAGGCGGAUGUAGCUCAGGUCAGGAACUCAGCAACGGAAGCCCUCUUGUGGCUGAAAAGAGGUCUCAAAUUUCUAAAGGGAUUUUUGACAGAAGUGAAGAAUGGGGAAAAGGAUAUCCAGACAGCACUGAAUAACGCAUACGGCAAAACAUUACGACAACACCAUGGCUGGGUAGUUCGAGGGGUUUUUGCGUUAGCACUGAGGGCAGCGCCAUCCUACGAGGACUUUGUGGCUGCGCUAACCAUAAAAGAAGGCGACCACCAGAAAGAAGCUUUCAGUGCUGGGAUGCAGAGGGACCUCAGCCUUUACCUCCCUGCUAUGGAAAAGCAGCUGGCCAUACUGGACACGUUAUAUGAGAUCCACGGGCUGGAAUCUGACGAGGUGGUGUGACAGCCACAGGACAGCACCUCCUAACUUCAGGGAAUAAAGUCUGCUAACGUGUUUGUUGCCCUAGUUAAUUUCCAGCAACAGCUUUGAUAUGCUCCAGCACCUUUCCUCGGGAAGAUGGACAUGAGGAAGUCCUAGUGCUUAUAUUUAGAAUUGUUUUAAUGCAUAUGUGUUUCAUGUGUUUAAAAAUCAAGGUGCUAAAUAUUUCAACAGGCCUACUGGAAACCAGAUCAUCACUGUCCCAGACUUGAGUAGCAGGCAGUAAGAGCAAAACUGACAGAUGAAUUUGUUAGGAUCACACUUAAAUUGUUCUGUUUCAGUUACAAGUUUUAUUGGGCCACCCAAACCCAAGCAGUAUGCAGGACUAUAAUAUAAAGCCAGUGUUUAAAAUAGCUUAGAGGUUGACUGGGCAUCAGAGGGAGUGUAAGCCCCAUUAUUGAAAGACUUGCUGUGUAAGAGUUUGCUAUUCCUUGACUUUCUUGAGUGGAUCCCUCUCUGUCCCUCUGCUGAUGGAAAGGGCUAUGUAGUGAAGACAUUUGGGCAGUUGUGGGAAAACAUUGACAAGGACUGCUAUGCCUAUUGUCAUAUGGGACAGUGGCUCAAGAGGAUGACCUCAGCCCAUGCAUGAGAACAGAAUAGAAAGGAGGGGUAAGUGAUUUGGGUGAACAUGCCACUCUUUGCCAAUACAAUACAUUUCCUGUGUGUUAUCUGAAUUGGAUAUCAUAGCAAAACAGCAAUCUUAAAGAGGGUAUGUAAUCCUAUUUCACAAGUAAAGUUUACAAUAAGGAGGUCUUUUCACAUUUGUGGAAUAUCUUGUUUCUGGUGAUUUUAUUUUUAUUUAUUUAUUUAUUUUGCCUGCUUCAUUGAUUCUCUUCAGCAAAAGAGCCAGGUAGCUUCCAAAUGUGAUAUAGAUCACCUCUGUAUUGAAGUCAAAUGAUGUGCUGUUUCAAAGAACAGAGUCCUAGGACAUACCUGAAGAACCCAGAUCUGGAGGAAAGACAGGAAGGAAUGCCCCUGUGGGUAAACCUUUCUAAGUGACACUCAAGUAUAUAAGGUUAAAGAGCCAAUUUCCCACUUGAACCCUAGUUUACAGAAUUCCUAGUCUUCUGCAGAAACCAAAUAAAACACCCUCCUUCUAGAGGGAGGAGCUGUCAUUCAAGUAACAUAAUUAAAUGGAGAGUGAGUAGACCAACAGCUGGGGUAACAGCUUGUGGCAUUCUUCUAUAAAGAGAGACAAGAUGCCCUGUCUCCCAGAAAUGGACCAAGCUGCCUACAGCAUGCAUAGGGAAGAAGCCAUGACUGCCUUCCCCAGUAGAGGCUGCUUCCUCCUAGCAACAAGAAGAGUCGCUCCAGCAUAAGCAGUCCCCUGAAGAAAAUGAGCCCUUUGCCAGGCACAGGUACAGGGAGUGGCUGUGCACACUGCUUUUGUUGCUGUAUACACUAGGGCUCUGCAGAGAACUAUGCAGGAAAGGUACUAAUUUUGUCUUUUGUCUGUCUUUAAACACGUGGGUAUUUUCUCAAUGUAGCAGUAGAGUGGCCACAGAGGCACCUGUAGGCCCAGCUACUCAGAAGUAUGAGGGUGCAGUAUUAUUUGAGCCCAGGAUUUGGAGGUUAAGAGGAGGUUUGCCUCUUUAAAAUACUUUGAAUAAAAUUUUAAGCCAAGCAAGCAUUUGGCCAUCAUGAGAAGUUCUAGAAAUUAAACUUAGGGAAGGGAGGAGUGGGCUGGACUAACUCACAGUUUGCUACUUUGCUCUUGCAAGAGUUUCUCAAGGAUCCUCUUCUCUGGCUAAUGGAAAGGGGCAGGGCUGGGGCAUACUUAGACCUCUGCCAUUGACAUAGCCUCUAAAGUCAGAAAAAGAAAAAUAGCCAACCCUCUUGUCUCUGAGGGUGGGUGUUUUGGGCCAUGUGCCCUUGGUGGGUUCUGCUACCAGGAAGUUGACAUUAAGCAUGGCUGUGAUACGCAGCUGCAGAUGCCUCUGUGAUCUCUAGAGUCUGAGAACAUCUCAGUCCUGGUCCUCAUUAAGGCCCCAAGUGCACACAGAAGGAGAGCUGCCUUGUAGGCAGUCUGAGUUUGUAAGUUCAUUUCACCUGAAUUAGUAGUUCUUGGUUUCUCAUUUUAGUUAAAGCUAUUUUUUUGUCUGAUUUUUAUUUACUUUCUAAGAAAUAAGAAAAGGAGCCUGAGCGUGCUCCCUGGAGCCCUCCUUCCCCAAGAGCCCUGGUAUUCCUAAGCUACAUUCACCCUGACAGGGGAAGAACUGGUCUGUUUGUUGACAGGAUGUUUACCUUCUCUUUGUUGUUAACAGUUUUUGAAUUAUUUUCCUUUCACGAUCUUGAGAAUGAGAAUAGGGAAUGUUUCUUGCUAGAGAGCAGCAGAAUUGACUGAGUAGUACUGGCUGGCCACCUACGGAGCACAGUCCCACGGUCCAUCAGUCCGCCCUUCACCGUCACCCAGUGAAGCUCAGGCUGGCAUCAGUAUGUGUGUUGAACUGAACAAAGGCUUUUUAAUUGUCUUAUAUCUUUUGAAAAUAGAUCUGAUUAUAAUUAAAACCUAUUGAUAUAUGCUGACAUGAGGAAUAUCUUUAAGGGAAGAAACCAUCUUGUAACUGAGGCAGAGUUGACAGCUCUUGGCACAGCCCAGAAGGGAGCCCAGAAGGUACUGUAGGAAUGUAGUGGCUUGUUACUAUGUCCAAAUCACUCUUAAGCAUGAAAGCAUCCCCCCAGUGUCACUUACCAUAGUGGGGAACAUCGGGAUGCCCUCCUUCAGCCUUGCAGCUUUCUCUUCUCUGCUGCAGAGCAUUGCUAGCAGGGACCCCGCCCCCACCAGCUUGCCAUAGUGACUUCCUUUCCCAGCUCUUGCUUCCCCUUCUUCAGCAGCCUGCCCCACCAGUCCGGGAUCUGUUAUAUACCUAGGGCAGUCGCCAUAUUCACAUUGGUAGCUGUAAGGUAGGGGAAAGUCAGCGUGGGAGAGCUGAGGACCACAGGAAGGCGCAUCCUCUGCUUCGAUUGCUCCCUGUGCAGUUAGUGCAGUCAGCGUCUGCAUCUGUCUGCGGAGGGAUUUCAGGUACAAGUGCAUGGUGAGGUCCAUAAACACAGGGCACUGUAGCUGAAGAACUCUAAAGAAAACUAGGCCAGCUGUGUGUGUGUGUGUGUGUGUGUGUGUACAUAAAGAGAGAUUGAGAUUUCAGACAAAGUAGCAGAAGUCAGAGGGAAGUCAGAGGGUUGUGAGCAAUACAAGGUAUAAGGCAUUUUGGAGACUUUAUGGAGAACUUUUUUUUAAUGUAUUUCCUACUAGACCACUAUGUCCUUCAGGCAUGGGGCUAUGUCCUGUUGUGUUUCUGAAUCAUCAGUUUAAACCACUGCUUCUGAUUUAGUCACAGGUUUACAACAGUUCAAAUCCCUAUCCUCAUGCUUCAUUUCACUACCAAUCAUUUUUAAAUUUGGAGCUGUCUGGGUGUAGAAGUUCUGAGUAAUUGCAGUAUGUAUUGGACCGUCACUUUGAUUGAUGAUCUAUUGUGUUUGGGCAUAGAGAGACAGACCCAGGAAGCUUUGUGACACUGUGCAGUCUACAUGGUUGUGUGCAUUAGAUCCAUCCUGUGACAUGCACAUGUGUUCUACUUCCAUGGGACCCUUUGUAACCUGUAAAAGCUUACUCGGAGUUACACAGUAAUGACAUCAAUAGCCACUAGCUGUCUAAUGGCAUUUGAAGACUUUGUCUAUGACAAGGUUGUAGAUGUAGUACAUUAGUUGAGGGUCCUUCACUGCACACUAGCCCUUCCCUGUGAAUUAUCCCCUAUCCAACCCUGCCUAGACUGUCCUGCAGACCAUUUGCAUGAUUUCUUGCUAUACAGUUGCAUUUGGGAACUCUAGGGCAUGAUUACCCAGUCACUGGUAAUGCCUCUAGUACAGAUGUCGCAUGCAUUGAUCUCUCUUCUCCAUUGUCUAUAUAUAGCCUUUAAUGGAAAGGAAAAAUGCCACUACUCUGCAAUGCAAAGUUUUCAGAAUUCUUGUAAAUUGUGAAUCCUUGAGCUAGUCGAGCUGUAUGGGGACAUCCUGCUUGUUUUAAAUGUCUUAUGUAGUUAAAGUACGGUCAGUAUCCUCCCUUUACACAUACCUUGUGUAAGGUGGUCCCCUCACCCUGGAGUGGGUGGUUCCAUCAGCCGUGGGAUGGAUGGCUUCAUUACAUCUCAUCCACAGAGAGCCCCACGUGUGUCCAUGUGCGGGUGGGGUCAGUGAAGAGCAGGGUGAUGUAGAUGGCUGCUGAGCCAGCCUCAUGGCGCGGGGGUAACGGGUGGUCCCUGUGCCGUGAGAAUUCCACUAGAAUGUCAUUAAACAGCCCAACUACCUCAUGUGAAAUUGGCUGUGGACAAUCUGUGUUUGAUGAGAAAUGUGUUUGCAGAAAUUUAUUCUGGUUAAUAAGUUGAACAGUGCAGUGUCUUUAUGAAAAAGAAACAUGUUAUACCAGAUGCCAAAGGCUAAACUACACAUAGAUUUUUCUCAGAUUCAUUUCUAUGUUAAUGUUUAUUACACAGUCUGUAUCCUUAUGAACAUUUGUUGUUUUGUAGAGCCACAUGCUUUGGAUAUCUGUCACAAUCACCUCUUGUCCCUCAGUAUUUUGAAUGAACAUCAUAAUGCUGAUAGGAACCAAGUUAAACUACGAAAAUGUCAAAUAAUUUGUGGCUUCUUAAUUUAACGGACCUUUCCUUAGAAAUGUAUUGGAGCCUUUUAGGACCAAUUGUGGAGUGAAAAUCUUGUGUGCAGAUGUGUCUGCUUCGCUUUCAAAGUUGUUAUUCCUGUAUUUCAUGAAAAGUGGGCCAGGGGUGAGGGUUUUACUUUCUUUGGAGAAUGUUUGAAAACAUCUGUCAGAUUUUUAUAUUCAUUAGUUAAAAUAAACAUAUUUUUAGAGUAUUUUAUUAAA